GUACCUGCUGUGCCUACUGCCCUGGAGGAAGCAACUUUUCGUUCUGGUUUUACUAGUAGUAGUACAUCCACAGCCAUCAUUCAUGAUUCACGAGACAGUGAUGAUGCAGAGAAAUUGAUCGUUCAGAAAGAGAGGGAAAGUCGUCUCGUACUAGAGAAUGGGCUUGUCUCACUUCCCGAUCCUCAAGCUUUAAAUUCUAACUGGGAAGCAUCAGCUGUCAACUUCCCCCCUACAACUACAACAGAAGUGGAUGAAUACAUUACUUUGUGCGCAGAGAAACACCAAAUCACCACAGGUGGAGAAAAGGCCAAAAUAGAAGGACAGAGUGUGUGGCGGGCAAAGCAUGUACGUGAGGUUCGAUUCCAUGCCAUUAGUGACAAUAUUCGGUACUGUUUUGUUGACGGCCGAGUUGUGCCACAGAAGGCCAUAACCAGUGCACCGUAUUACACUUGGGUAGCAUUGCACAAGGACACUGGAUCGGUUGUAUCUUCACUAUGCUCAUGCAGGGCAGGUCUUCGAGGGUUCUGCAAGCACACGGUUGCCCUCCUUUGUUACGUUGCACAUGAAGUUCAGACGGGAGCAAACAAAGCAUGUACAUCAAAACCUCAGCAGUGGCAUAAGCCCCCUAAGGGAGGCGAGAAGAUUCAUGAGCCUGAUUUUGUAAAGAAUUUUAAAAUAGUUGGAGUAACAGGUGAGCUAGAUCUAGAGAGUGCCGCAGUUGAUCACAGCCCACGUAAUAGAAAUGCAUUUGAUCCAAGAGCUGUUGAUGACAGGCAUGCACGUAGCAUUGGUGAGUUCGAUCUACAACGUCUAGCUACAGUGACAGGUGGAAAAUGCGCUGCAUUGUUAUAUGCUCCAAGGAAGCAUGUUCUAUAUGAUGAAGAUUUUGAUUCUGUCCAAGCAGAAGAGGAGGUGGAAACUACAACUCAAGCACCAACUGUUCUUGAAGCCAGGGAUAAAACUCUUGAAUGUCUUAAGUUAGGAGACUGUGACACUGUACAAUGCUUUCAUGGUAACUUGCAGGCACCGCCUUGUGCGUUUGAAGCAGUGGCCGAAGAAACAGUGAAACAGAGUAACUCACCAAAAUGGUGGAAUUACAGGAGUGGCAGAAUAACUGCAUCCAUAGCGCACGAUUGUGCCUCGAAAGUUAAGGAUUCAGAGGUUAAAGGGCGUUAUAAUUCUGUGUUGAGUAGGAUCAUGGGGUAUGGGGGAAAGGUCACAUCAAAAUCACUAGCAUGGGGGAAACAAAGAGAGAAAGUAGCCAGAAAAGUCUAUGUAAAGAAUGAAAAAAAGAAUCAUAAAGCGUUUCAGAUUUCUGACACCGGGGUCAACAUUCAUCCCGAUAUUCCUUACUUGGCUGGUUCUCCAGAUGGUCUCAUAAAGUGCAAGUGCCACGGCAUGGGAGUCCUUGAAGUGAAGAACCCCUACACCCACCGUCUCAAGACCAUAGCUGACUAUGCUAUGCAAAGUGGUUCUUGUCUUGUGAAUGAUGAUCAUGGGAUACGUCUAAAAAGAAACCAUCCAUACUAUACUCAAGUCCAGGUACAGAUGUUUGUAACCAAAACAACUUAUGCCGACUUUGUUGUGAAGACAGCUCUAAUUAACAACAGUAUUCACAUUGAGAGGGUCAAUUUUGAUGAAGUUUUUAUCAGGGAACUCCUGAAGAAAUUGAAAAUCUUCUUUGAGUUUGUGGUGAUUGAGGAAAUACUAACUGAAAAGCUAAGAGAGUCAAAACUGGGUGUUGCUCAACCAGAGUUGUAAAAUGUAAAAUUAGGGGCGAUCAUCAAACUGGAAGCAAAAUGUUUUGUUUUUUUGCCUUAAAAGUAUAAAACAAAAUUCCUUGAGUGAGUUCAUGGAGUUACAUGCAUACCACUUAAUUUAUUUCAUAAAUCAUAGUAAGUGCACAAGCAAAACUGUUUUUAUAUAGUACAAUAAAUAUUUACCAAAAAGAUUAUAAAUUAUUCAGUCGAAUACAUGCAAGAGCUGUAUGAUUGAGAAUUGUCUGAGUUCAACUACUUUUUCAUGAUGACUCAAAUUUAGCCCAAAUCUGUGCAUGUUUGUUGACUGACCAUUUUGAAUGACCAUGACACCAAGUAAAAACCUGGUACUGUCAGUUUUAGCAAUCCUAUAUUUUACCUAUGAACAAAGUAAUAUAUUUAUAAGAAGUGUAUGUUGAUUGAGUUUCAGUUUAAAGACAUGGGCACUAUUGGUUGUUACUCAAAAUAAUUUGCAGCAUAAAACCCCACU